AUGUACAAAGGGCUUUUCAUGGGGACUUUAAAGUUAAUCGGAAGAACAAAUGGGGAGAUUGAAAAGGUUAUAUUAAAAAAUGCCCCGAAGAACAAUCAAUUGACAUCUCCAAAGAUUCAAAAAGAUCUUGUUACUUGCUUUGGAGAAGUGGUGUUGAAAAACGUUAUUGGGGAAAUUGGUGAUGAUGUAUUUGCUUUGUUGGUGGAUGAGUCUAGUGAUGUCUCUAGAAAAGAACAAAUAGUCGUGGUUUUGAGGUUUGUUGACAAAGUCGGAGUUGUUCAAGAAAGAUUUGUUGGCAUUAUUCAUGUCAUGGAUACAUCUGUUGUAAGUCUUAAAUCUGCCUUGGAUGCUUUAUUUGCAAAACAUGGAUUAAGUUUCACAAAGGUAAGAGGACAAGGUUAUGACAGUGCUAGCAACAUGAGUGGUAAGUUCAAUGGGUUGAAAACUUUGAUAUUGAGUGAUAAUGACUCGACAUUUUAUAUACAUUGUUUUGCCCAUCAAUUUCAGUUAGUGGUUGUGGCGGUUGCAAAAAAACACAAAGGUAUUAAGGACUUCUUUGAUUUGAUUGCGUUGGUUGUAAACUCUUAUUGCAAACGGAAAGAUAUGAUACGAGAAAGUCACAAAAAGAGAAUUCAAGAAGAAAUUGGAAAUAAUGAAAUUGAGACUGGUAAGGGGUUAAACCAAGAGAUUUCCCUUGUCCAAGCUGGAGAUACACGAUGGAAUUUUCAUCUUAAAGCAAUCGUGAGUUUGAUUGCUUUGUUUCCAGAGGUUAUACAGGUGCUUGAAUAUGUUGAAGAUGAUGGUGAUAAUGGAGCUAGUCGGCUUCAAGCAAGAGGUCUUUUAUCAUACUUAAAGACAUUUGAAUUUGUGUUUUAUAUGCACUUGAUAUCAACGAUCUUAGGAUUAACAAAUUCAUUGUCUCAAGCUCUUCAAAGGAAAGAUGAAGACAUUUUGGAAGCUAUUGAUUUGAUAGGUACAACCAAAGGUCAAUUACAAAUGUUGAGGGAAAAUAGGUUUGAUCAAGUUUUUAAGAAAUGCUACUCUUUUUGUGAUAAAUAUAAGAUCGUGAAGUUGGAUAUGGCUGAAGCUUAUGUUAAUACAAGAAAUUCAAGGAAAAGAAUGAACAUUACCAAUCAACAUUAUUAUAACUAUGAUAUAUUCAACACUAUUUUGGAUAUGCAGAUCCGAGAGUUUGGUGAUCGUUUUGGUGAGAUAAGCACCGACUUGCUUCAAAAUAUGGCAGCUUUGAAUCCAUGCAAUUCGUUUUCUCAGUUUAACAAAUCAAGCCUAUUGAAGUUGAGUCAGAUGUAUCCCCGAAAUUUUGAUGACAAGGAAAGGAUCAUUCUUGAGCACGAACUUGAUAUCUACUAUCAUUCUGUUUAUAAUGAUGUCAUAUUUGUCAACUUAAACGGUAUUGCCGACCUCGCCAGAUUAAUGGUGGCAACAAGAAAGCAUCUUAUUCAUCCUUUAGUCUAUCGGUUAUUGAAACUAACACUGGUUUUGCCUGUUGCAACUGCUACAGUUGAAAUAUGCUUUUCGGCGAUGAAGUUUGUCAAGACAGAUUUACGUAAUCAAAAUGGUGAUGAUUUUUUGAAUUAUGCUCUCAUUUGCACCAUAGAAAAGGAAGCCCUUUGUAAUGUCAAAAACAAAGAUGUCAUCGAUCGUUUCCAAAAGAUGAAGACACGCCGAGGACAAAUUUAG